AUGGGCAACUCCUCCUCGCGGUACACCAAGAACCCGGCCUCGUUCGCCACCUCCUUCCUCCCACAGUCCAGCAGCGUCGUCCCCGACUCCGAGAGCAGCACCUGGAAGUCCUACGACUACAUCAUCGUCGGCGGCGGGACUGCCGGGUGCAUUCUCGCCUCGCGGCUGUCGGAGGACCCGCAGGUGUCCGUCCUGCUCGUCGAAGCGGGCGAGAGUCAUGAAGGGAACCUGUACUCGCGCAUCCCCCUCGCGUUCCUGCGGCUGCUCAAGACCCCGGCGGACUGGAACUAUCAAACGACCCCGCAGCGGACCCUCGAUGGACGGGUGGUGAGUUGGCCGCGUGGGCGGAUACUGGGGGGGACCAGCUCUAUCAAUGCGAUGAUAUACCAUCGCGCCGACCCACGCGACUUCGAUUCAUGGGAGCGCAAGGGCAUCAAAGGCUGGGGCUACGGUGUCCUCAAGGAGUAUGCACGCUCCCGCGACACUCUCCAAUUCGCUGCUGAAGGGCGCACUUUCCAUUCAGAUAUUUUGAUCGGAGCCGCCUUUCAGGGCGCAAGCUCGGCAGCAGUCGCGGCUGCCGUCAACCUCGGUCUUCCCCUCAACAACGACCUUUGUCCUAAUAUCAGAGAUAGGGAGUUCGAAGAUGCGGAAAGUACCGCGGGUGCGGGUGCUUUCCCUGCCAUGAUUGACGCAAGCCAGCAACGAAGUUCUGCGGCCACCGCUUACCUCACCCACGAGGUCCUCAAGCGACGGAACUUGACGGUGGCCGUGGCUGUCUUCACAGAACGUGUCCUCUUUACCACAGAAGCGGACGGCACGGCACGAGCAGUCGGCAUCCAGGUCUCCUCCGGCCCUUCCGCCGCCAAGUUCGCCGCGGCGGCGAAGCGUGAAGUCAUUGUAUGCGGUGGCGUAGUGGCCUCCCCCCAUAUCCUCCAACUUUCCGGCAUUGGUCCUGCCUCCGUCUUGCAGCAGCAUCAGGUCCCUGUCGUCUGCGAAUUACCACAUGUGGGACGCAACCUGGCGGAUCAUUACUCGGGUGGCUCCCUCGUGCUCCGCGCACGCCCGAACACGACGCUCGACAAGUACACACAGAACCCGUUGAUGGGGACUGCCGCGCUCCUGCAGUGGAUGUUCACCGGCAAGGGUGUGAUGACGCAGCUCGGCGCCCAAGUCGCCAUCUUCACGCGCUUGACAACGAGAGGCGCGCCUGACCUUGAGAUUCUCGUGUUCCCCGUGGCUGUCACGAAGCACGGGAAUAGUGUACCACCACUGGGAAACAACGGUAUCUCGGUGGUUUUGCUCACGCGACGUCAACCCGCUCUAGGGAUCGAUUCUGCUCAAGCCUCAAGCAAGGGUUCCGUCGAACUCCGCUCCAACAGCGUGUACGACCCCCCAGUCGUUGACCCCAAGUCAGUCUCCGCGUGUCUUCUGCUCGACGUCCGCACGCUCGCGUCGCGCCCAGACGACGCGAACUGGUUCUGGCCCGGAGACGCGGACCCGGACGCGAUCUCAGACGACGAGAUCCGGCGGUUCGUCCGCGAGCGCGGGCAGUCCGCAUGGCACCCGCUGUGUUCGGCGCGGAUGGGUGUCGACGCGACGGACAGCGUCGUGGACGCGGCGCUGCGCGUGCACGGCGUGCGCGGACUUCGCGUCUGCGACGGCUCUGUCUUCCCUGACCAGCGCGCCGCCGAUCUGAUCCGCGGUGCGCGGGUCUAG